AGAGAGCAAGAGGGAGAGGAUCGGGAGAAGGGGACCGAGAUAGGAGGAGAGAAGGUUCAGGAGGAUGGGCUUUGAGCGAAAGAAGUGAGCCAGUCUCUCUGCUUAUUAGAAAGUUGGUCCUCAGAGGAAGAGGAGGAGAUAGAAGAGGAGGCCACUAAUGAUCCCUGUGAGUUUUGGAGGAUUCCUCCUCGUCCCUGGCCGCCACACAUUCCAGUACCUGUGCCUGCUGGAGCGGUGCAGAGCCUCAGAUGUAGCCAUGCUGUCUCAGAGGAUCCUGGGCUGACGCACUGUGAGCAGCGACCGGCACAGAGGACAGACUGACUGACCUGGAUAGCUGCUGAAACGGAGCCAAAGCAGCCGAUGUGGAGUGUUAUUUUGGAGGUGGAUCCCGAGCAUCGACACUGGGUCCAGAUCGGUCCUCUAGAGGAUUCCUGGCUUUCUGGGUUUUGGUGAUGACUGAAACAGGUCCAGUAUCGAUGUGGUCGUUCUGGGCGGGUUGAAACCACUCAGGCUGUCAUCCAGUGGCAGUGGCGAGGCUGGAGCUCCGGAGGAGGACGGUCCCAACGCCCAGGCAGAGGAAUACGCUGGCUGAAACAAACGAGCAGGGUCCUGUGCUUCCCGUGCCAUGGUGCCUGUUAAUGUUGUGGAAUCCCACCGCUGUUCUGCCCUGUUGAUUGUCUGAGCUGAGGAUGUGGAAGUUCAAAGCGUUUUGCCUGGAUUACUGGCAUGUGCUGUGUUUGCACCCACACAACAACUUUUAUAAGAGUGUGGAAGGGGAUGGACGGUCCAAUGACGGUGGCCAUUCCCUGGAUGGAGGAGCCAGCUAUGGUCAGGCUCCGGUGACGCACGGGUCGGCCAUCAGCCCCGACCGCUUUGACAGUCCGCUUUACAGCCACGGGGUCCAGCCCGGGCCUCAGAGGCCCCGUCGGGCCAAGCUUCAGCACUCGCAGUCCAUCCUCCGCAAGCAGGCUGAGGAGGAGGCCAUCAAGCGGUCACGCUCGCUCUCUGAGAGCUAUGAGCUCUCUGCUGACCUUCAGGACAAACAGGUGGAGAUGCUGGAGCGUAAAUAUGGUGGAAGAUUCAUAACUCGGCAUGCAGCCCGCACCAUCCAGACAGCCUUCCGCCAAUAUCAGAUGAACAAGAACUUUGAACGUCUCAGGAGCUCUAUGUCUGAGAACCGUAUGUCCAGACGCAUUGUUCUCUCCAAUAUGAGGAUGCAGCUGUCGUUUGAGGGCCCAGAGAAAGUGCACAGCUCCUAUUUCGAAGGGAGGCAGGUGUCCAUGACAGAGGAUGGCUCCCCGCUGUCCAUGGUGCAGUCUGAAUGUGGAGAUAUCGAGGUUCACCAACAGGCCAACAUGACAUCUCACCAACCGCAGCAGGGCGACCUGACAGAUGCCAUCACGGAGCUGGAGGACGCCUUUUCCAGGCAGGUCAAGUCUCUGGCGGAGUCGAUAGAUGAUGCGCUGAACUGUCGCAGUCUUCAGGGGGACGAGGGCCCAGACCCAGAGGCCAUGGGCUGCUCCGAGGUGGAGAGGGACGUGCCCUAUCAGGUGAAGUCCCACCGCAGGGCAGCCGGACGCAUGCAUGAUGAAACGUUGGCAUCGUAUAGUGAUGUUACUCUGUUCAUCGACGAGGAGGACAUGUCCCCCUCUAUUGCUCUGUCAAGGUCAGGGGACCAUCCUUCCAGCACAGAAUCAGACUUGCGGCUACGGUCAGUCAACUCCUCUCAGGAUUACUGGCCUAUUGACCCCAAAGAUGAGGGUCGUGACACAGACACGAGCUGCCGCAGCACUCCUUCUCUGGAGUGCCAAGAGCAGCGUCUUCGAAUGGACCAUCUCCCUCUGUUGACCAUUGAACCUCCUAGUGACAGCUCUGUCGAGCUCAGUGACCGCUCUGACCGAGGCUCUGUCAAACGGCCGCCUGUGUAUGAAGCACACGGACACAUCGUAACAUCAUCCCAGGCCAGCCCUAAACACAUUUCCCACGGGCCCCCACCACGAGCCCCAUCCCGUGACGACGACGCACCUCUGCGCCACCGCCACCGCCAGCUGGAAGGCCAUCUAGCCAUCAACGGCUCGGCAAACAGACAGAGCAAGUCCGAGUCUGACUUCUCCGACGGCGACAACGACAGCAUCAACAGCACAUCCAACUCGAACGACACCAUCAACUGCAGCUCCGAGUCCUCGUCGAGGGACAGCCUACGAGAGCAGACGCUCAGCAAACAGACUUACCACAAGGAGACUCGCAACAGCUGGGACUCGCCCAUCUUCAGUAAUGAUGUUAUCCGCAAGAGACACUACCGCAUCGGCCUGAACCUCUUCAACAAGAAGCCAGAGAAAGGUAUCCAGUACCUGACUGAGAGGGGAUUCAUCCCGGACACACCGGUCGGUGUGGCUCACUUCCUGCUGCAGAGGAAGGGGCUGAGCAGGCAGAUGAUUGGAGAAUUUCUUGGCAAUCGACAGAAACAGUUCAACAGAGAUGUCCUAGACUGUGUGGUGGAUGAAAUGGACUUCCAGAGCAUGGAGCUGGACGAGGCGCUCAGGAAAUUUCAGAACCACAUACGUGUCCAGGGCGAAGCCCAGAAGGUGGAGCGGCUCAUCGAAGCUUUCAGCCAGCGCUACUGCAUCUGUAAUCCCACGGUGGUGCGACAGUUCAGGAACCCUGACACCAUCUUCAUCCUGGCGUUUGCCAUCAUCCUCCUCAACACCGACAUGUACAGCCCCAACGUCAAGCCCGAGAGGAAGAUGAAGAUGGAGGACUUCAUCAAGAAUUUAAGAGGUGUGGACGACGGAGAGGACAUACCCAGGGAGACUCUGGUCGGCAUCUAUGAGAGGAUCCGUAAGCGAGAGCUCAAGACCAAUGAGGACCAUGUCUCGCAGGUGCAGAAGGUUGAGAAGCUCAUUGUCGGAAAGAAACCAAUCGGAUCGCUCCAUCACGGCCUCGGAUGUGUUCUGUCGCUGCCCCAUCGCCGGCUGGUGUGUUACUGCCGCCUGUUUGAAGUGCCAGAUCCCAACAAGCUCCAGAAGUUGGGCCUGCAUCAGCGGGAGAUCUUCCUGUUCAAUGACCUCCUAGUGGUAACCAAGAUUUUCCAGAAAAAGAAGAACUCGGUGACAUACAGCUUCCGACAGUCCUUCUCUCUGUACGGGAUGCAAGUCAUGCUGUUUGAAAAUCAGUAUUACCCGAAUGGAAUCAGACUCACAUCAGCGAUACCAGGUGCAGACAUCAAGGUCCUCAUCAACUUCAACGCGCCCAACCCCCAGGACCGCAAGAAGUUCACGGAUGACCUACGAGAGUCCAUCGCCGAGGUCCAGGAAAUGGAGAAAUACAGAAUAGAGUCUGAGCUGGAGAAGCAGAAGGGGGUGGUGAGACCCAGCAUGUCGCAGAGCUCCGGUCUGAAGAAGGAGGCCGGCAACGGGAGCAUGAACCGCGCCAGUCUGGAUGACACCUACGCCAUGGGAGAGGGCCUGAAGAGGAGCGCCCUCAGCAGCUCCCUGCGGGACCUCUCCGAAGCAGGCAAGCGGGGGCGUCGCAGCAGUGCAGGAUCACUAGACAGCAAUAUGGAAGGGUCCAUCAUUAGCAGUCCACACACAUGCCGGAGAGCCACUACGCCACGUGAGGGAGCGUCCCACAGCCAACCCCCCAUCCCUAACUCAGCAUCGACUUCCAUCCUCGGGUCGCUUUUCGGCAGCAAGCGAGGCAAACCACCAGCCCAGGGCCACGCCCCUUACCCUCAAGCCGGUCAACCCACCCUCAUAUCCCACAAGCCCCACCCAACCAACCUCCACCACACAGCACAGGCACAUGGAGUGCCGGCCCAACACCAAGGUCACCAUCCCCAGUACUGCCAAGUCCCACAGAACCCGCCGCCUUACCACCACCACCACCACUUUUACCCUCCUCCCCACACGCAGCACCACCAGCACCCAGCCUAUUCCUCACAUGCGCACCAACACGCCCAUCCACAGCACAGUCAUUACGGCCAGCAUUCCCAUCACACCUCGCACCCCCAGCACGCCGCUCACCACCACAGUCAGCAAGCGGGUUCGGCACCUGGCGGACCCAAACCCAAACACAGUGGCAUCAGCACCGUAGUGUGAUGCUCGUAACACAGAGAGGAGAAGUGAGGAGGGAACUCGAUGAAGGCGGGACAAUUGCUUACACCAAAGGGACUGACAGCAUAACUCUAUGGCCUGUCCACUGUGUUUUACCGCUGCUGUGAUGGAAACCAAUCACACGCAGUCACCGUUUUCACCUCCAGGUCCAACUAAUAUGCAGGAUGGAAAUAGGACUCAAAUCUUCCACUCGGGGCCUUUUCUAGUUUGCCUGAUCAGGGGCUCGGCCCUAUCAGGGUCUUGUGGGGGGGUUGGGUUCUUUACAGGAAGAUGCUCUAUAUUUUCCACACACACACACACACACGCCCGGCUGUGACCGCUAGUCGCCUCCACACUGCUUCAUUCCCUCAAUAGCCUGUCUUACCUUGACACAGUCAGGAGGAAAGACGACCUGAGACUAGAAAAUGGCUGACUGUUUUUCACAGCCUUUCGGAAGUCAACUUUCAAAUCUUUGGUUUGCAGAUACUACCCUUCAUACGAAUGCUAUUUGUUGUCGCCUCCCGUAGAGCUCACAUAUAUACUGAAGAACCUAGGUAUAAUCAUUUCACACUAACUUAAAUCACAGGACAGGUAAACAACUGGGUGAACCAUCUGUCAUAGUAGUUCUAGUGCUGUAUUUAGUGUAGAUGACAGCUGUAUGUGUUGUCUCCUAGCUCUCAUUAAUAAAUGUGCCAAUAAUUAAUGCAUAAUCUAUUUAGUCAAGACUACAUGUACAGUAUAUUGUGCGUAAGGUAAUUUGUAAGAUUAUACUUACAAUUAUUAUUAUCAUUAUUAUUAUCAGCAAAAAUGAAUUUUAUCAGUAUUAUACUGACUCUGUGGUAACGGGAUGUAGAUCUGAAAAGGAGUGAACUUCCAUUCAGUCCAGCCUUUAAUCAAUUCUGGAAUUUUUUGUUGCCUUUCAAACGGAUGAGAGCGAGCCCCUGGAUGGCAGCUGUUGCAUAUGGGCAUCAUCGCGCUGUGCCGUCACAGCUGAGGCCUCAGAGCAGACUUCCUGUCAACUCUCACAAAUGAUGAACAGGACCAAUUGGUUGUGUGAAUCUCAGUUUACUUCUCACGCUGUGGCUGCUCAAACUGUAAAAAGUGAGCGAAGACCAAGAGUGAAAAGACGUUUUGAAGACACUCGAGGCUCAGUUCAUGCCCAGUCGGUUGCCUUCAGCAUAUACAACAGCUGCUCUCUCGACUCUUAAAAUCAAAAAACGGAAAUACUUCUUCUUUUGCCUUGUUUAGUAUUUUUUUUUAUUCACCAAUGAGGUUUUGGUGAGUGGAUAAAAUCAGUUCUUACAUAGUGAAGUAUUUUUUUCAUCUUUUUUCUAUCAUGUGUGCAAUAUCUUUGUACUGAUUUUGUACAUCAAAAACAAGCAAGGUUUCCCUCCAAUUUGUGUUUGUCAAGUUGCAUCAUUAUUUAUUUAUUUUAGUUUUUGACCCCUGUCAGAGUCUUUCAGUAAAUUAAUGUGUGGCUGUCCUCGUGGUCUUAUGAGAGGUACAGACUUGGAGUUCAGUGGAAUGUCUAGUAGGUUUUUUUUCUUUUCUUUUGUUUUUUUGCAUGUAAUGUUAUUGAUGUGAGGCUAUCCUCUGCACAUUGUAUAACAAAUCAGUGUUACCAUAGCAAGUUUAAGUGCAAUCAUGUUCAGAAAAUGCAGACUUGUGGAAGUAAAGUCUGUUGUCUUGUUGUCCAGGAAAAGAUUCAGGUGAAAAAAAAAACGUUUUUCAUUUAAGAAUAUAUAUAUAAAUACUUACUUAUACAAUAAACAAUGGAAAGAGGAAUGUGUGUAUAUAUUUUAAUAAAAGAAACGCUUCUCUUUGGGCUAAACGAAAAUAUUUUGCUGGAUAAGCACAUAUGAAAGAACACUUUCAUUUUUUCAGGAAAUGCAGUUAUAAUAUACAAAAUGCAAACUGAACAACAGAACUGGGUAUAUGUAAAGAAUAACUUUCUACAUUCUACAAAUAAGAGUCUAUUCUAGUGUGUAAAUUAGUGACAGUAAUCUGUUUGUCCCAGUAUUCAGGUUGUAAAUGUAUUUUAACAUUCACACAGAAAACCAUUGCCAUAAGUCAGACUUGGAUCUGCUCAUGUGAAUUGACAAAGAGAGUUCGGAUGGCAGAUAAAUCACAUAUGGGACAAUAAUGCGCAGAUGAAUGUGUCUUUCCAUUGAUUCCAUAUUUUUUUCUAUAGAUCAUGGGACGAUGUAAAACCUGAGGAAUCAGUUUAUUUCUGUGUGUGUUGUAGUGCUUCCAAUGUCUACAGUCAUUCUUUGUGAGAAAGUACCCCAACAAUGCACUGCAUGGAUCUGAUGCAUCAUGUGUCCUACUCACUGUGAGCUGAUGGAGGAGGGGGGAAUCAGCCUAUAAAUUUUGACUUUUGUUUUGAAUGAUUUGGAAUUACUUGAUGUUGAUGUGUUCUUGUUGUUCCAUGUUAGGCUGGUAGUUGUUGAAGCUCAGCAUGCAUUUCAUCCACAAAGCCAUUGUGUAAAUAAACAAAGAACAUUGCACUUCAGUUGCCGAGGGCUUUCAUUGUGUAAAUACGGGAGUUUGAUGUGUAUAAGGAACGACUGUGCGGUCGGAGGAUGACGCUGUAAAAGGGACCAAGGCGGGGGAUUGAAGGCACUGUACAUAAUGUGUAUAUGAUCAGUACUCUAUUCUGAUAUCUGCAGUCAAGAUCAGGAUGUAUAUACAUCACCUCAUAGAUGGAUGUGAUGGGUGAUUAAUGAACAUAUCGAUUGUCUCAGCCUCCAGCUGUCGUGAACAGACAUUUGUUGUAGAAAUAAAAAACAAAAAACAGACUGUUAGAAAGUUUGCUGCCAUUUACAUCCAGCUCUUUUCAUACAUGCAACCCCCACAAACACACACACACACACACACACACACACAUACACACAUACUGUACACACGGAUAGACAUGCACACAUCCAGCUGCAAGCUGUUCAGUGUGGAGUGGGACCCUUUUUUUUUUUUAAAGGAAAAGACAAGAAUGGCCUCAUUUAUACGUGCAUUCUGUUGUACAGUGAGUAGUGAGUCAGUAAGACCCCAGUUAUUGUAAAACUUCAACUGUGACAAUGUUGAGAACGCAAAAUAAACAAAUAUAUGACUUAUGGUA